ACCACCUCCGCCACCGGGACGGGCGGCGACUAGAUCGGCCGGCCGGGGAAGGGAAGAGUAAAAUAUCCAUCCAGUUGCGCGAUCCUUCCCUUUUUCUUUUUUCCUCCCCGCCCUCACAUGGCCGCGUGAUUCCUCGCGCCCGCGCGCGCCUCCGCCAAAUACUACUGUGCCCUCGUGCUCCGCUCGUUGCCAUUAGAUUCUCAGUACACACCUCCCACUGUGCCCUUCUCCUCGUCACAUCGCGUCAACCCACUUCCAACUCAAUCUCGUCGUCUCUGCUCCUCCCGGCCGUGCCGAGUCGCCGAGCGUUCCAAAGGAAAGGAGGUACGUACGGCGUCCUGCGACCUCACCUCCCCCGCCUCAGGUUGGUCGACACAAGAUUGACACCACGGUUUGUACCAUCAUCAGAGUACAGGGAACAUUGAAAUUCGAAGUAGAGCUAAUGCUUGUGAGCUACACUCGGCAACAACAACUGUAGGGUACACAAUCGCUCACGUUUGAGUAUGAUUUCAGUUUGCCCAGGUACCAGUAGUGCUGGUUAUUAAGAAAGAUGGGGGACAAAUACCUAUCUGAUCCCGAGGAUGAGGUUGCACCAUUGGUGUGGCCUGAGAACAUAGGGGAUAAACACAAUAAGCAGUUCAAAAUGGAGAACCUUGAGAACGACCAUGAUGCACUCAAGGAUGUUAACUUUGAUCAGACGCCUGUUCAUGCGGAUAUCCACCGACUUAUGGAAAUGGCAAAUUCUGAGAAAGGCACUUCUCAUAUGCAAUACUUUGUCAAGCACUGGGAAUAUAAGCGGGCCAAUACUGUUCAGCUUCUCAACGAAGAGCUUGGCCUUCUCUCCCAACAGAGAAAAGAGAUUGAAGAAAAGAAGCAACAAAUCUUGGAGGAUCAGCGCUGUCAGGAUGAAAAUUAUUAUGCUGCGAUUCAGCAAGUACCAAUACUGGAUGAAGUCUACAAAGAUGAAUGGAAGCGGCCAAGCAAAAAGGGUGAGGACCUUUCCUGUAAUCAAGAGCUUAAAAUAGAUGCAGAAUACGACAGUAUUUUGUACUGGAAAGGGCGAGCAAUGCAGCUAGAAAAAGCACUUGAGGCAAGCCUGCAAAGGGAGCGUGCAUUGGAGGAAAAGUUAGAGCAAGGUAUAACGAAUCUUCAGUCACAUGAAAAGUUAGAGCAAGGUAUAAAGAAUCUUCAGUCACAUACACCAGUGGAGGAAUUCUCUGGAAUGUUAAAACGAGCUGAUUACUUCUUGCACUUGGUUCUCGAUAGUGCUCCUAUUGUAAUUGCUCACCAGGAUACUGACUUGCGGUACCGGUUCAUUUUUAACCACUUCCCGACACUUGCUGACGUGGAUGUUAUCGGCAAAACCGACUACGAGAUAUCGGCAGGAGAGGGUAUAGAUGAGAUGAAUAAUGUCAAGAGAGAGGUUAUGGAAAAGGGUAUUGCGACUAAGAGAGAGUUUGUACUUAAUACUCCAUUGUUUGGAGCAAAGACCUUUGUGGUAUACAUUGAACCAGUAUUCAGCAAAUCUGGUGAGACAAUUGGUGUGAAUUAUGUUGCAAUGGACAUAACAGAUCAGGUCAAAAGAAGAGAGAAAAUGGAGGACAUAAGGUUUAGAGAAGCUAUCCAACAAGCCAAGGAAACAGAACUUAGCAGAUCUCUUCACGUAACUGAGGAAACAAUGCGAGCAAAAGAAAUGCUAGCCACCAUGUCCCGUAAGAUCAGAGCUCCUCUUUCAGGGGUUCUUAGCAUUGCUGAAAUUCUUGCCACUACCAAACUGGAUAAAGAGCAAUAUAAGCUGCUAGAAGCUAUGCUAUCUUCUGGAGAUCUUGUAUUGCAAUUGAUCAAUGACAUCCUUGAUCUUUCCAAGGUGGAUUCAGGUGCUAUGAAACUAGAGGUUACAACAUUUAGACCAAGGGAAGUUAUUAAACAUGUACUGCGAACUGCUGCUCCUGCGUCUCUGAAGAAGGAAUUGACCCUUGAAGGGUACAUAGGUGAUGAUGUUCCAUUGGAGGUCAUUGGUGAUUUGAUAAGGAUUAGGAAAAUUCUGACCAACUUGAUCAGCAAUGCAGUGAAGUUUACACAUGAUGGGAAGGUUGGCAUAAAUCUUCAUCUUGUAGAUAAGCAUCAAGCAGGAUGUAAAAUAGAAAACGGACAAUUUCCUAUGAGAGCCUACCCCGCAUACCAAAAUACUACUGCCACAGAAAAAUCCGCUGCCUCUCCAAGAAACUGUGAUACGGAUCCUUCGUGUUGCUCCAAUCCUGGAGAUGCUUGUCAGAAUGGCAUUUCAUCAAAUGACAAUUUUAGGGAGUAUAACGAGGGAGAAGUUGUUUGGCUUCGAUGCGAUGUAUAUGAUACUGGGAUUGGAAUACCAGAGAAGUCUUUGCCAUUUCUGUUCAAUAAAUAUAUGCAAGCCAGUACUGAUCAUGGUAGAAAAUACGGAGGGGCAGGGCUUGGCCUUGCGAUUUGCAAGCAAUUGGUGGAGUUGAUGGGUGGUACUCUAACUGUGGUUAGCAGCGAGGAUGAAGGAUCAACAUUUACAUUCAUGUUACCUUGCAUCAUUCCUGUAAAAGUAAAAGAGAAGCUCAGUGAUGAUCCUGAUGAUGCGCCCAGUUCUCACAACGAUAUAGAGGGUUAUUUCGUUUUCAAGCCAAAAUUACGACCUUCUGUUCUCUCUUCCGGUGUUCCACUAACGAACAACACCAAGUUGUCUGGCAGCAAGAUUAUGUGCUAUGAUCCUACUAACAUAUUAGAGGAUCAUAAGUCACUCCCAAAUGGCUUCACAUCAUUGAAAGAGAAUUCUGGAAAGUGUGCAACUGAUGCUAGCCAAUCAAAUGGUCCAAGUGUUAGGAGAAUAGAUGAAGACCAAGAUGAUGUUUCAAUGGUCUCAUCACUUUCAGGGGCUGACAUUCGGGAGGAAAGGAAAACAUGCAAACCUCUUGAAGAAAAAUCACUGAACAUGAAAUCCAAGUGUUCUCCAAUUAGCAUCAGGGCAAAUAUUCUCCUUGUCGAAGAUAACAAAGUCAAUGUAAUGGUGGCUAAAUCAAUGCUGGCUCCUCUGGGCUACGGAAUAGACAUAGUAAAUAAUGGAAUUGAAGCAAUCCGUGCAGUACAACGGUGUCAAUAUGAUCUUAUCUUGAUGGAUGUUCACAUGCCAGAAAUGGAUGGCCUACAAGCCACUAGAUUUAUCCGUACCUUUGAAAAUACUGGCUGUUGGGAUGCUUCUGUAAAGCCUGAAGAUAAUCAGAUGCUAGCUAACUCAGCUAUUUCAUCUGAUUGUGCACAAGAAAAGAAAGGGAAGAGAGUUCCUAUAAUUGCCAUGACAGGAAAUUUAUUUUCAGAGAGCACUGAUGAGUGCCUUGCUGCAGGCAUGGAUUCUUGCAUAUCAAAGCCAAUGAACUUACAGAAAACAAAAGAGUGCCUGCAACGGUAUUUGUUAUCUCAGUAACUAACUAAUUGGUGUAAAGUAGAAAGGUAACUUCAGCAUGGGACAGUUUUGUGAAAUCACAUCAGUAUUUUCUUCAAAUAGUAUUCCCUCGAUGCAUCAGAAAUGCAAUAGAUAUAACGUGUCCUGUCUU